CAAAGGUGAUUCCUUGGCCUUAAACGUUGCUUAAUUAUUACUGGAGCUGAAGCUAGGCUGCAGAAAAUGCAAGAAAUUGGAAGGUAAAGAGCGAAUCUCCUGAGAUCGAUCAAGAAGAAGAAACCCAUAAACGAUUGCGUUUAGGGUUUGUGAUGAACAGCACAGUUGAAUAUAUAUAGCCAGGCAGCAGCGAGCCUCCAUCUUUCAGAUCUGAGAAAACUAACCCAGAAAAGCAAGUUCUGAUCUUGUGAGGUGAAGUGAAAUGGUGAGAGGGAAGACAGAACUGAAACGGAUAGAAAACGCGACGAGCCGGCAAGUGAGCUUCUCGAAACGGAGAAGAGGGCUUUUGAAGAAGGCUUUUGAGCUUUCCGUUCUGUGUGACGCUGAGAUUACACUCAUCGUCUUCUCCCCCACUGGAAAGCUCUAUGAGUUUUCGUCAACUUCCAGCUCUAACAAGACAAUACAGCGGUACAUGAACAAUGCCAAGAAUUUGGGACAGUACAAAAAAUCAAGUGAAACAAGUUUGCAGCACGUAAAAGAAGAUGGUGUUGCUGCAAUGAGUAAAAGGGUUGAGGUUCUUGAGCAGUCCAAAAGAAAGCUUUUGGGAGAAGGCUUGGAUUCCUGCUCCAUUGAUGAUCUACACCAGAUACAAGAACAGCUGGUCAUAAGUUUAAGGAACAUUAGGGAAAGAAAGAGUUUAUUAUGUAAGCAACAAAUUGAUCGACUCAGAGAAAAGGAAAAAAUAUUGGAGGAAGAAAAUGCUGAAUUGAAAAAAAGGCUCGCAGUAUCUGAACCACAAAGGCUAUACACCGAUGUGGAGACACGCUUAUUCAUUGGGCAGCCGGAAACCAGGCCACCGGCGGGAGACCACAAUAAAUGAUCGCCGAUCCAAUAAAUUAAGCCAAGGAGAUUGGGUCGCUAAUAGUUACGAUAUAUAUUUAGUCUUUCAAUCCAAUUGUAUAAAUUUAAUCCUAAAUUUUUAACAAAACAGUGGAUAUAUAUAGCCGGUGCAAUUGAGGUGACCUCGGGUCACAGAGAAUAAUGCACAUCCGAUCCGUAGCUAGUAGGAGUCACACACUAAGUACAAAAUGAGUAAUCUGCAUAUGAAGUAAAUGGCAAUUUGCAUCUAAUAUACUUCAGACGCGUAUGCAACUAUGCAAACCUGAAUAGGGCUUGAGAUGUAUGUAGGUAGUUCAUGGUUGAGUCGAGUAUAUGAUAGUUGGACUGUACUAAUCAAAGUCUGGGAUGUAGGAGAUUUUAUACACAUAUUUCAUGAUGUAUAUAAGUCUUGGAUCGAAGUUCUAUUAUGCAUACUUUCAAAUUCUACUUC